UUUACUUUCAGUAGUUCACUGUUCUAAAACCCUGAACCCUGAUUCCCCCUAAAUUGAAUUCCUACUAAAACAAGGAAAGAAAUGUCUUUUUGAUUAAACCCCAAAAAAAAAAAAAAACACAUUUCAUCAAUGGCAAUUUCUACUGCUUAGAAAUGUCUUUUUGAUUAAACCCCCAAAAAAAAAAAAACACAUUUCAUCAAUGGCAAUUUCUACUGCUUUCGGAUAUUCUUGUCGCCCUUAUAUCUCCCUCCGCUGUCCUCUCCGCCUUUGCCUUCAUCAAGUACGUUUGAGCUGUGCAGCAGCAAUGGAGACAAUUGAUGAGGCAGAAAACCAGAGAAAUAGUGAAAGGAUUGGUGGAGAUGGUCAGAAGGCAUCCCAAUGGAAAAAGUUGAAUUCUGCGGACCUCGGAAUUCGUAGUUCGAUGAUUCCAAGGCCAACGAGGGCGGUUCUUAAUGGUCUCAAAAGAAAAGGAUUUGAAGUUUACCUCGUGGGAGGUUGUGUAAGGGAUCUUAUAUUGAGAAAAACUCCAAAGGAUUUCGAUAUCAUUACUUCAGCUGAACUUAAAGAGGUGAUGAGAACAUUUUCACGAUGUGAAAUAAUUGGGAAACGUUUUCCUAUCUGCCAUGUUCAUAUUGGUGACAAUAUUGUAGAGGUUUCAAGCUUUAGCACUUGUGGAAGAAAUUCUAGAAGGGACUUCAGUUUGGUUUUUGAAAAGCCUGUCGGAUGUAACAAGAAAGACUACAUUCGCUGGAGAAAUUGCUUGAAAAGAGACUUCACAAUAAACGGAUUGAUGUUUGACCCUUAUGCAAAGUUGAUAUAUGACUACAUCGGAGGAGUGGAAGACAUUAGGAAAGCUAAAGUGCGAACUAUCAUUCCUGCUAGUUUUUCUCUGACUGAAGAUUGUGCUCGCAUUCUCCGUGCUAUUAGAAUUGGUGCACGUUUACAAUUUCGAUUUGCAAAGGACAUGGCUCUUUCUGUUAAAAAGUUGACUUCUUCAAUUCUAAGGCUGGACAGGGGAAGGCUCCUUAUGGAGAUGAACUACAUGUUAGCUUAUGGUUCUGCAGAAUCAUCGUUAAGGUUAUUAUGGAGAUUCGGCCUUUUGGAAAUUCUUUUACCAAUACAGGCAGCCUAUUUUGUCGAUAGUGGAUUCCGUAGACGCGACAAGAGGUCCAACAUGCUUUUGUCUAUAUUUUCCAGCCUGGAUAAAUGUUUGGCACCUGACAGGCCUUGUCACAGUAGUUUAUGGGUUGCAUUAUUAGUAUUCCACAGAGCACUGUUUGAUCACCCAAGUGACCCUUCAGUAGUUGCUGCAUUCUGCCUUGCUGUUAACAAUGGGGGAGAUUUGUCUGAAGCAUCAGAUAUUGCAAAAAGGAUCACAAGACGGCAUGAUACCAAUUUCGUUGAAUUAUUAGAACCUCAGGAUCUUGACUUCGAUUCUUUAGUAGCAGAAGUUAAGCAUUUGGCUGCUUUAGUUCAGGACACACUUGCUAAUAUGACCGACGAAUUCUCUGUUUCGCGGGCAAUGGCUCAAUAUCCCAAGGCACCAUAUUCAGAUAUUGUAUUUAUCCCAUUAGCUCUAUAUCUAAAGGUGUGCAAGAUUUUUGAAUGUGUUCGAGCUGGAAAAGAGAGGGGAUUUGUGCCAAAGCAAGGAAGCAAGAUUCAUCAUGAGUUGUUGGCUUUGGGAAGCCUACAAGAAGUUCGUCAUGUCUUCGCACGAGUUGUUUUUGAUGCCUUGUACCCUAUAGACCUCAAACAGUAGUAGGUGCAUAUUAGACGACAGAAAAUCUAAAGAUUGGUUUUGCUGUUAUUCUCUCCCAUAGCUGGAAAGGCAAAGUUUUGUCCCGUGGAAUGAAAAAAAAAUAAAAAAAUAGUGUAAACCCUUUUUACCUUAUUAUACUAGUAAGGCACAUUUUA